AUGUCUCCCGCUGCGCCGUUACCCAGAUUGCGCGAUCCUGCGGUGAACGGCACCACAACGACGACAUGCUUUAUUUCUAAUCUCCACUGCCCGUCAUGUGUGGACGGUAUCCAAGCCUCUCUCACCGCGCUCUCACCGCCGCCACAAGACGUAUUCGUCUCCAUCGUUUCACAUUCAGUGGUUGUACGCCACGCCGCUUCUCUCAACCUUGACGACAUCACCGUCUCGCUAGAGGCUGCGGGAUUCGAGAUACACAGCGUGUUUCAAGACAUCAAGGCUGUCCGGAGUCCGAUCGAGGUUAAGAACCCCGAGGGUAAGAGCAAGGAGUGGCACACUAGCUUUGAGCGCGCCGUCAAUCACUGGCUACAUCCUGCUGCCGACCUUGAAGACUCACACGACGACAUGAAGAAGAAAGAAACUCACCUAGCUCAGUGCGAGCAGUGCAAGAGAGAAGGUGGUGGGGUUAGCUUGCACGGUGACGAGUUGCUGCGAUUCAAGCCUGCGCCUAUCGUCACGACUUCACCCAGAGGUAGCUCCGAUGGCUUCUCGUCGCCUGAACCAAAGUCGCCUUUAUCCGAGACAUUCGUUGCUGUUGACUCACCUGCGGCCCCACAAGUCUACAAAGCAACGCUGUCUAUUACCGGCAUGACGUGCAGCUCAUGCGUCUCUGCCAUUACCCACGCGGUCCAGGAACAGCCAUGGGUUCAGUCAGUCAAUGUCAAUCUCUUGACUAACAGCGGAGUGAUAGUCUUUAGUGGCAAAGCGAAGUGCGAGGAGCUUGUCGAGACGAUCGAAGAUUGUGGGUUCGAUGUCGCAGUGGAGAAGCUCGAGGAGGUGCAGACCACAUCGCCCGGAGCUGUAGCCGCGUCGAAGCAACAGAGCGAGCGGUGGCGCGCAACAUAUUCUCUCGGAGGUCUGACAUGCUCCGCCUGUGUCGGAAACGUCAACCAGGCGCUACGGCCUUUGACCUGGAUUGAGAAGGUCGAUAUCAAUCUUAUCUCGAAUAGUGCGACCAUCGUAUUCAGAGGCAAGGAACAUCUGCCAGAGAUCAAGGAAAGUAUCGAGGAUGUCGGGUACACCGCUACCCUCGAUCGAGUUGUUCAAGAAGGGACCACAGUGACCGACACCAUCGAGCGUUCCGUCGGGAUUCGCAUAGAGGACAACAUUACCCGAGGAUUACAAGAAGCGUUUGAGAACGAGCGCAGUUUUGUAAUCGACUCUCCAUCACUAUCGCUCGAGCAACCCAUUCUACAUGUCAGAUAUGUACCGGACCCUCCUCGCUUCACGAUCCGAAAGAUCUUUUCGACGAUCAAGAGCCUCAACCCAGUGUUCCAGCCUUCGGUCUUCCACCCUCCGACACUGGAAGAGCGCGCGCGCGAGAUGCAUGCGGAAGAGCGGAAACGUAUUCUGAUCCGCCUCAUUCUAUGCAUCAUCACCGCGAUUCCGACGUUCGUUCUCGGCAUCGUCUUCAUGAGCUUGAUUAGCUCCAAAGACCCCAUACGCACAUACCUCAUGGGCAAGAUGUGGGCCGGCAACGUCACUCGAUUAAGCUGGGCACUAUUCUUCCUCGCUACGCCUAUCUACUUCCUCGCCGCUGAUACAUUCCAUCGGCGUGCACUGAAAGAGCUGAGAUCAAUGUGGCGACCAGGAAGCCGCACCCCAUAUCUGCACCGCUUUACCCGCUUCGGCAGCAUGAACAUGCUCAUCUCACUCGGUACGACAAUCGCAUACCUGGCAUCAAUCGUAGAGCUCAUCUUGGCUGCCACGAAGAAGUCUUCUGGUUCCAUGAACGACUCUUACUUUGAUGCAGUAGUCUUCCUGACGAUGUUCUUACUUAUCGGCCGUUUCUUGGAAGCUUAUAGCAAAGCCAAGACUGGCGAUGCUGUCACCUCGCUUGGAAAGCUUCGACCAAACGAGGCUGUUCUUGUCGACGCAGAAAAAGGCGACACUAAGAUCGCGACUGAUCUUCUCGAGGUCGGUGAUGUCGUUCGAGUCCACAAUGGCACUUCGCCACCGUUCGAUGGAGAUAUUAUUGAAGGCAGCACUAGCUUUGAUGAGUCUAGCUUGACUGGCGAGUCGCGUCCGGUCAAGAAGACCGAGGGUGAUACUGUGUUCUCCGGUACAGUAAACAAAGGUUCACCCGUCAAGAUCAAGGUUACGACAGUAUCGGGUACUUCCAUGUUGGAUCAGAUAAUCCAUGCUGUGCGUGAAGGGCAGUCACAUCGCGCACCGGUCGAACGCGUCGCUGAUACUAUCACUUCGCAUUUUGUACCUUUUGUCAUCGCCGCUGCCAUCGUCACCUGGCUUGUCUGGCUCAUCCUCGGUACUACUGGUGCGAUACCGAACGACUGGAAGAAUGAAUCUGCUGGCGGUUGGGAGCUUUGGUCUCUUCGCUUUGCUAUUGCCGUCUUUGUCAUCGCUUGUCCUUGCGGUAUCGGACUAGCCGCACCCACUGCGCUCUUUGUGGGAGGUGGACUGGCCGCCAAACAUGGUAUCCUGGUCCGCGGUGGUGGUGAAGCUUUCCAAGAAGCCAGUUCACUCGACUGCAUCGUCUUUGACAAGACUGGCACCUUGACACAGGGUGGCGAUCCAGCAGUAACGAACCACAAGUUCUCUAAUGAUCAGAACGCUGCAAUCGUGUUGGGUAUUGUCAAGGCAUUGGAAGAGAACAGCAAUCAUCCUAUCGCUCGAGCGCUAGUCUCUUUCUGUAGCAAGGAGACCCACAAUACACCUACAGCAGUCAACGUUGAUGAGGUGCCUGGCAAGGGUCUCAAGGGCACUUUCAGGGUCGAUGGACAAGACAUCGUGGCGAUCAUCGGUAAUGAAAGCUUCAUGGCUGACCAUAACGUCCCUAUCCUCGCCGCCGAUGCGUCAUCCCUGCAGAAGUGGAAGUCGCAGGGAGAUUCGGUCGCUUUAGUCGCCUUGUUUCUACCACGAACCGGUGAGCAAAGUGUGGCAGAGCAGUCCGAGCCAUCCAACACGUCGGAGGCCCUGUCACUCGCCGUCACUGAAAUUCAACCUGCGUCAUCCUGGCGACUCGCGUGUACCUUCUCCAUCGCGGAUCCACUUCGCCCCGAGGCACCAGGCGUCAUAUCAGCCCUACACGCACGCGGCAUAGACGUUUGGAUGCUAUCUGGUGACAACCCAACUACAGCCAACGCUGUAGGCGCGCAAGUCGGCAUCCCAACUUCCAACAUCAUUGCCGGCGUCCUCCCAGACCAGAAAGCCGAGAAGAUUAAGUACCUUCAGCAGACCCUCACCAAGCCACACAAGUCUGUAUUCAACAUCCCCUUCCUAUCCCAAAGAGACAAGAAGCAAAAACGCGCAACUGUCGCCAUGGUAGGUGACGGCAUCAACGACGCACCCGCUCUCUCCACCGCCGACCUCAGUAUAGCAAUCGGCUCCGGUUCCGACAUCGCCCUCUCGUCUUCCUCCUUCAUCCUCAUCAACUCCCGCCUAACAACUAUCCUCACCCUUCUCGAUCUCUCCCGCGUCGUCUUCCGUCGCGUAUACUUCAAUUUCGGAUGGGCGCUCAUCUACAACCUCGUCGCCAUGCCCAUCGCCGCAGGCGUUUUGUUUCCCAUCACCACCGGAGGCAAACAGAUGGACAUGCACCAUAACGGUGUUGGCAUGGAAGGCGGUAUGGCGAUGGAGGAUACGGGGAGGAAGCAUAUCAGGCUUGAUCCUGUCUGGGCUAGUUUGGCGAUGGCGUUGAGUAGUGUGUCUGUGGUUUGUAGUAGUUUGGCGUUGAGGAGUAGGGUGCCUGGUGUGGGGUUUAGGGUUGAGGGAGGAAAGGAGGGCAGGGAGGGCACGGUGGAUGGUGUGGAGAAGCAGAAAGUGGGGGAUCAGGAGAUGGUUUAG